CCGAGCAUCCACCAGCAAGCAAGCUAGAAAUUCCCUCUUGGGGUUCUCACUACUACUCUCUAAGUCGCACGUCUUGUUUAAAUAUUCUCUAUAUAAAUUUCUCCGAUCGAUCAUGGCGUUUAGGUCUACGAGUUACUUGAAAGGGAUGGUGAGUGGGUUACGAGCAGGAAGCGCAACAUACGCGACGUCGAGCUCGCCAAAGCUGAAGACCUAUGCCCCAGCUGCAGAUUACGCCCAGCUUUAUGAUCAUCAGUACCAACACAGCACUACCAAGCCAAAGCCCGUGAAGGGUGACUUUGUGCCCGUGUACGUGGCCAUUGGGAUGAUAGCGCUGUCCGUGGGGCUGGGGCUCCACACCGCGACGCAUCAUCUGGCGCGCAAUCCGUCGGUGUUCGUCAGUAAGAAGAGGAGGGAGACGAUUCCGGAGGUGGUGGAGCCAGAGCAUGUAGCGGAGGAGGCCGAGCAAUUCAUCAGGAAAUCUUUCUUUAGGAAGGUGGCCCAUGUGCAGGAGUUCAAUAAUCCUGAGAAGCAGGUCAUCCCUGAUCCCAUCCGUAAAGAUGCCUACGCCCACCGCCCUCGACUUGAGACUCUCAAGUCCGUUAGGGUUGAGCCCAAUUAAGCGCGCAGCUCUAGACCUGUCGAUCUACUUCCACUACUGUUUUAUAAUUUAUAUCUUUUGGUUUUUCCUUGUGAAUGUCUAUCCAUCGUCGUAAAUUAAUGUGAUCAUCAUGUGGUUGGUUCA